AUGGCAGAACGCCCCGAAGUGACCAUGGCUGAGAACCUCAGCUUCGGCCAAAACCCAUCCGAGUCCCGAUUGUCGAUACCAACUCCAGCUCGUAUACCCCUCGCCGGAAUUGUGGGCUUCGGCAUCGGAGCGACCCUGGGCCUGGCUCACGGCGGCCGGACUGCGCAGCUCCGUUUCCGCGCGGAGCACGCGCACAAGAUGCCGACCACCACGACGGGUUGGUACCUCUACCACAAGAGCAAGAACUACCACGCCAUGCGAGGCGGUAUUCGCGAGGGUCUGCGUAUGGGUUGCAAACUCAGCUUCUGGACCCUGAUGGCGUUUGGCCUUGAAAGCACCGUCGACCGGUACCGCGGCAAGAGCGACCUCCUCAGCACCGUCUUGGCUAGUUUAACCGUGGCCGGCAGCUUUAGUCUCUGGAACCGCUUCUCCCUCCCCACCGCGGCUCGCACAGCAAGGUACGGCCUGCUCUUUGGACUGGUAUACGGCGGGAUGCAGGACGCUGUCGGCCUUGCCCGCGGCCGGUCCGUCGGAUACGUCGAUUUCAUCCGCCGACGCUUUGGAUCUAACAAAGCGACGAAGCUCGACCAGCAGCAGGCGAGCUAA